AUGGACUUCUUGCCGGGGGGUGCAAACAAGACCACUACUGUGGAGCUCAUCCGUGCGGAUGCAGAACGUACAGCUGCACUCGAGCAUGUAGCUGUUGGUGGCUCUCUAACUCACUUGGAGGAAAGCUACAGAGGAGAUCCUGAGCUGGUGCUUACUGCUGUGAAAGCAAAUGGCAGUGCCUUUCGGUACGCAUCUGACCGGCUUCGAAGUGAUCGCGACUUCUUGCUGACGGCCAUUGAGCGGAGCUGCGAUGUGCUCUGUCAUGUUGGAGAUGAGUGGAAAUGUAAUCGGGACUUCGUUUUGCAGGCUAUAGGUCGCAAUGGAACUGCCCUUUGCUACGCCUCCACUGAGCUUCGGAGUGAUCGGAAUUUCAUCUUGUCGGCUGUGGAACUCAAUGGCACCGCCUUGUGCUAUGCCGAUUUGGAGCUUCGCCGAGAUCGAAGCUUCGCCUUAGAUGCCAUCCAGCGCAGUGGCUUGGCCUUGCGUUACGUCUCGGAACAGCUCCUGCUCGAUCGAGACUUUGUGCUGCUGGCGGUGCAACUGAAUCCUGGAGCCCUGCGGUAUGCCGAGGAGGAAUUCCGAUGUGAUCCUGAGUUGGUGCUGGCUGCAGUGAAAAAAGAUGAAAUGACCUUAGGAUUUGCCACAGAGAGCCUCAGAUCAGAUGCUAGCUUCGUUCAAAGAGCUUUGCAGCAGAACAGUGCAGCACUGCCUUAUGCGGCCGAGCACUUGAAAGAGAACAGACGAUUCCUCAAGGAUGCCUUGAAAGUGCCAGGAGUUCUCAAACAUGCAGCGGAGGAAGUUCGCCGGGAUCGCGAACUUGUUCUAGUUGCAAUAGAAAGUGAUGGAGUAGCUCUAUGCUAUGCUGCGCAGUGUUUGCAAGCUGAUAUGGCCUUUGUGCUACUGGCUGCCGAAGCAAAUCCCGCAUCUUUGCAAUAUGUACAGGAGGACUUUUGGCAUCAGAAGGAUUUUGUGAUGAAGGCAAUCGAGGUGACAGGAAUGGCACUUUGGUUUGCGAGUGCGAAGCUUCGACAUAGCAAAGACUUUGUCAUUGAAGCAGUGCGGAGGAACAGUUCCGCAUUGAACUUUGUUCCAGAAGAGCUUCGCUCCGACCGAGAGGUAGUGCUCUCCGCCGUGCAAAGCAGCAGUCAGGUGUUGAAAAAGGUUGACGAGGGCUUGGCCAAAGACCGCCUCUUUAUCCUUGCAGCAGUGCAACGAAAUGGUGCAGCUCUAGCCUACGCCGAAAGCAGCUUGCAGGCAGACCGCGAGGCGGAAAGCAUGAUGCAUAUUUUGGAUGGAUUGUUUGGUGAUGGGAUGCAGCACGGUGGGACAGCGCGGCACUUCGCUAUGUUGAUGAAGCCCUUCGCAGAGACCGAGAAUUCGUGCUUGACGCAAUACAACGAAAUGCUGAGGCACAACUCGGACUUCAUGCUCAGCACUUUGAAAGCCAAUGGAGCUGCGACCGAAGUCUUUGGCGAGGCAUUGCGCUUCGCUUCUGAUGAACUGCAGAAGGAGCGAGGAGAUGAGCGACUUCGAAUGUGGCUCCAGGUUCUGAAGAGGAAUGGUAUGGCACUCCCCUUCGUCACGGAGCUACGGAAAGAUGAAGAGGUGGCCUUGGUAGCAGUGCAGAGUCGUCCUGAAGCAAUGCGCCAUGUGCAUGAGGACUGCCGCCGAAGUCGGGCCUUUAUUCUCAAGGUGGUGGGCAGGACUGGAGCUUCCUUGGCCUAUGUUCCUGAGCAGUUUCGCAAAGAUCGCGAGGUGGUGCUGGCUGCUGUACAGCAGGAUGGCGUAGCCUUAGCUUAUGCCUCGGCCCAACUGCAGAGCAGUCGCGAGGUGGCACUAGCGGCCAUUGAGCGGAAUGCAAAUGCAGCUAUUGACAUGAGCCUGUGGCAGGACCGGGAUUUCGCGCUUGCAGCCAUUGAGCGCAACAGCGAGGCGGUGCUGCGCUGCCCUGCAGGCUUUCAGGAGGACCGCGGCUUUCUGUAUGAUGCUGUACAAAGAAACGGCGAUGCCUUGCGUUUCAUGGACGAAAUCUAUCGCUAUGACCAUGCGCUGGUCCUUGCAGCGAUCCAGAAUGACGGCACUGCUCUUCGCUAUGCUGGCGAGUUCAUGCGGCAAGAUCGGCGAUUUGUGCUUGAAGCUCUUCGUCAAAAUGCAACAGCCCUUCCAUAUGUGCCAGAGGAGUUUUGGCAAGAUCGAUCGUUUCUGCUCGCUGCUGCUCGUCGAAACCCAGAAGCUCUUCUCCAGGUUGACGAGGCGCUCCGCAAAGACCGGAACUUCAUGCUGGCUGCAGUGGGCGAGCGCGGAGAAGCCCUGGCCUCCUGUGCAUCAGUUUUGCUGGAACAUCAGGACUUUCUCCUGCAAGCCAUCGAGGUCCGCCCAGAAGCCUUCGCACAUUUGCCGGAGGAGUUCAAGAAGGAUCCAGACUUUGUUCUUGCUGCUUUGAAGAGAAACGGAGCAGCUCUACGCUUCGCUGCCGAAAGGUUCCGAAAAGAUCCGGCAGUGGUUUUGGCAGCAGUACAGAGAAAGCCAGAGGCCUUGCGGCAUGCUUCGGAGGAGCUCCGCCACAAUCAUGACUUCGUGCUUUCAGCGGUAAGAUCCAAUGGAGCUGCCUUAGCCCAUGCAGGAAACGAAAUGCGAAGCGACCGCGCGAUUGUGUUGGCAGCAGUGAGAAGGGAUGGUGUGGCCUUGGCGUAUGCCUCCGAGGAGCUGCGAGGGGAUGCGGAGAUCCUCGCCGCUGCGGCCCUUUGGAUGCAGAGUCGGAGUGUGAAAUCAAGACCUAGAUGA